GUUAUAUAUGAUCACGAGAACCCCGAUAAUACUGACCUCCCUAGUGAGGAACAGAUGGAUGAAUUGAAGGGUAUUCUGGGAGGAGAAUGUGGGAAAACCAGAGCUGUAACUAACAAAAAGGACCAGCUGCUGACCGAGAUAGAAAAACUAAGACAAGAGUACAGGAGGGUGAGGAAGGACUGGGAAACCAGAGCUCAGGAAGAAUACAGUAGGAGAACUGAAACACAGAUAGGGGCAGACAGUUUAGAACAUGGUAGGCCCCUGGCAACCUCCACCCCUAGAGUACCUGGAAUAAUGCAACCCCUGACAGACAUAUUUUCCAAACUCGCUCUAACACCUAAGGAAGGGGAUAAUAGAGGCACAAAACUACAGCUCCCCAUGAUCACUGUAGGUGACACUGAAGUCCAUAUCCCUCUUCCUUUAGGAUUAAUGAAAGAACUGAAGGAUAUGUGUCCCAAUCCAAAAAAGGACCCUAGAGCAGCAGCAAUGUUUCUGCAGAAGUAUACUGCAGGGAGCCAAUUAACAAUGGAGGAUAUUCAGAUAAUACUCUCAGCCAUAGACCCAGACACUGGCUCCCAAAUCAAUACAGAGGUGGUCUGAGCAUGAACACCCGUCCCCACGGGGGAACAAUCACUAUUAGGGGUGCCCAGAACGAGUCCCGUCCUUCAUUAUGCAUUUUGUUCCAACUGAUUGGCAAGUUUUACCACAAGUAAUACUGCAAAUUGAUGGUAUUACAGUUAAUUUAUUGCUUGACACCGGAGCAACGACUUCAAGCGUAAACAAAAUAGACUUCAUUAACGACAAAUGCACCGAAGGAAGUUCUAUGGGUAUCAAUGGGACGACAGUGAUACAUAAGGUGACAGCACCGCUCCCGGUUUGUACUCUUACGGGGGAACUAGUGACGCACAUGUCUUUUGCAGUCCUGCUAGAAUGCCCCGUUUGCCUAUUAGGAAGGGAUCUAAUGGCAGCAUUACAGAUUUCAUUAGUUUUUGACAAAAAGGGAAGACUGACAGCGACCUCAAUGAAAUGCGACCUGACAAACCCAAAAAGACGUGACAUGAAUGGGUUCUUUUUAAGCAUACCAAUGUCCCUGGAAAAUCAUCCAAUUUGGGCAAAAUGUAAAGACUCAGUAGGAACGAUUAACUGUGAGCCCUACCGGCCCUGUUUGAAGGAGGGGGUUAUGCCAACCUUUCAGAAACAAUACCCAUUGAGUGAGGAAAAGUUAGAGGGUAUAAGGCCGCAAAUUGAGAAAUACUUACAGAUGGGAAUUCUUAGGAAGAUUGUCAGUCCCUGGAAUACACCGAUAAAUCCCGUAAAAAAAAAUAAUGGCACAUGGAGAUUUGUACAGGAUCUAAGGAAGGUAAACAAGGCAAUUAUCCCACUUCCCCCCUUGGUGGCAGACCUUACAGCUGUGUUUGGGGCCAUUCCUGCGGGAUCCAAAUACUACACUGUAGUUGACCUCAGUAAUGCGUUCUUUUCCAUACCAGUGGCUUGGGAUGCACAAAGUCUUUUUGCUUUUCAGUGGGCUGAUGAUGGUCAGGUGACUUGGACCCGUCUCCCACAAGGUUUUGGGGAUAGUCCAGCAGCCUUUUCUAUUGUAUUAAAGGCUACAUUGGAAGAUUGGGAACCAAAGAGGGGAUCCACCUUAAUACAGUACACAGAUGACCUUUUACUCUCCAAUUCGGAGUUAGAAGCCUGCGAAAUAGAUUCACGGAGUUUAUUAGACCACUUGGCAAGCAAAGGACACCUGGCCUCGAAGAAGAAAAUCCAAUAUGCAAGUACCCAGGUAGAGUAUCUGGGGUGCAUAAUAGAGGCAGGAGAGAGAAAGAUCUCACCCGCUAGAGUCAAGGCAGUGACCUCCCUAAGCAGGCCAGGGGACAAAGCUACAAUGCUGUCCUUUCUAGGGUCAAUAGUGUAUUGCAGGCAGUGGAUCCCUGAUUGCUCCCAUUGGGAUUCAAUCCUAAGGAAAACUACACUCACAGAAGCACCAAAGGUAGUGGAGUGGACAGAGGACAGAGUAGAAGCCUUUGAGAGAUUGAUUCGGUCCCUGACCCAAGCCCCAGCCUUGGCCCUGGCAGAUUAUGGAAAACCAUUCCAAUUAUACUGUGUGGUAUCAGGAGAAACCUAUGCAGCGGUUUUGACACAGACACAUGGGGGAAGAAACAGGCCAGUUUCAUACCUAUCGAGAAAAUUACCUCCUGUAGUUCUUGGAAUGCCUCACUGUCUCCAAGCAUUAGCAGCCGCGGCCAUGUCAGUAAAAGAUGUUACUAAGAUAGUCCAUGGAAAUGUAAUGGAACUUUUCACCACUCAUACAGUUUUGUCCCUCCUUCAAAACAUGACCACACAACACAUGACAGCUCAGAGACUGUCCGGAUAUGAGACCAUAUUACUCAGUACGGCAAACCUGGUGAUAAAGACAUGUCCAGACACCUCACCAGUGAUAAGAUUUUUGCAUACACUUUUGAGACUUAAGUGUGAAGGUUCUGACGAACAAGUAGACCCAACACCUGAACACAGAUGUGAUGAAGUGAUCUUGUCAUGCACAACACCUAGGAAAGAUUUAAAGGACACGCCACAGACUGACAGUAUAGAUGUUUUUGUGGAUGGAUCAUGCACAAGACCAGAUGACAGGACAUAUCAAACAGGUUACGCAGUAGUCAUGCUCCCAAAUCAAGUGAUAGAAGCUGAACCAAUUGUCACAACUUCGGCACAACAAGCUGAGCUGGUAGCGCUCACAAGAGCCUGUGAAAUAUUCGCAGGACACAAAGUGAAUAUUUAUACUGACAGUAGCUAUGCAUUUGGAACAGUGCAUGAUUAUGCAUUAAUAUGGAAAAAUAGGGGAUAUAUCUCAGCAGAUGGGAAGCAGAUAGCGAAUCAAAAAUACAUAGAUCACCUGCUACGUGCAAUUCAACUGCCAGAAGCUAUAAGUGUGAUAAAAGUGAAAGGACACUCUGCAAAAGGAGAUUAUCAAGCCAUGGGAAACAACUUAGCAGACAGAGCAGCGAAAAUGGCAGCCAAGAGAGACACGAGAAGGGAAAGUAAGUUAUUAUUCAUGACAGAUUUUGAAAGUGAAAACUGGGUGUCAGUAGUAUAUCAACUACAGAAGCAGUCUACCAGUGAGGAUAUCAAGUACUGGAAAUCUCAGGGACUGCAGAUGACAGGUACAGACCCAACUCAUCCAUUCUUGCCCGGAGACAAGGUUCUGGUGAAACAACUGGCUGUCCGCCACAAGACUGGUCCAAUAUAUCAAGGUCCAUUUGAGGUUCUGAGAGUUGCUCGAACGGCUGUCCUUACCGACCAGAGUCCACAGUGGAUACACGCCAGCCGGCUCAAGAAGACACCGGAAGGAGUCCUGAAGGAAUUCCCCGGACAAGCAUGAGUCUUUUGGACAAGAUGCCUUCAAAGGAAAUGACUUUGAUCAUACCCCCAAGCCUGCAAAGUAGAUAUGAGCAAUGGCUAAGAGGCUAUCCUAAACCACUUUGUCCAGAGGAUCCAAAGACUAUGCAGGACUUGUAUGAGGAAGAAUUCAUGUUCAGGGAAUAUACCAAUGAACUAGAGACUGAGGACUUGAAAGAUCAAAACUUUCCUGAACCAUUUAGUAAGCAGAUGA